AUGGCGUAUAAGGUCGAUCAUGAGUAUGAUUAUCUCUUCAAGAUUGUCCUGAUCGGAGACUCCGGAGUCGGAAAAUCCAACAUUUUGUCAAGAUUCACGAGGAACGAGUUCCUUCUAGAGUCCAAAUCCACCAUUGGUGUCGAAUUCGCCACCAGGACACUCCAGGUGGAAGGGAAGACCGUAAAGGCCCAAAUAUGGGACACUGCCGGGCAAGAACGGUACCGGGCCAUCACGAGUGCUUACUACCGCGGCGCGGUCGGGGCAAUGGUUGUCUACGACAUUACAAAGCGCCAGACAUACGAGAACGUGGCACGGUGGCUAAAAGAGCUUCGGGAUCACGCGGAUUCCAACAUUGUCAUCAUGCUCGUGGGGAACAAAUCUGACCUCAGCCAUCUCCGGGGAGUGCCCGAGCGCGAAACCCAUCAAUUUGCCGAGAAAGAGGGCAUUUCCUUCCUCGAGACAUCGGCCCUUGAGGCCCAUAACAUUGAAAAGGCUUUCCAAACCAUUUUAUACGAUAUAUAUCAAAUUGUGAGCCGAAAGGCAUUGGCGGCGCAAGAAGCCGGCGGCCCGACUCCCGGCCACGGCACCACCAUUGCGGUGGUCGGAGAUCCAACCAAUGCCAACAAGAGCACUUGCUGUUCAAAUUAG